AGUUUUCACGAAAAUAUCAUUAAAGGUCACCAUGUGAUAUCCACACUACUUCCACACGCAUACACUUAGCUAUGUGUCACACAUCUGUUGACACAACGCGUAGGAAGUCAACCCCUCCUAGCCACUUUUGCCAGAUCGUGUGUCACUAGACUAUUUGUAAGACAUAUUUGUGAACGAGUGUCCCGACCCGGAUUGUGGUCUAAGUUAACCCUAACGUGGUCCACCUAGCUCUAUCCGAAGAUACCGCUGACAUUGGAUAGAUCUGCUAUGGCGCGAGAAGUCCUAAUGAUCUAGGUCAAACAGAGUUUUAUCUCAGACUACGGAAACGCCAUUCGCGCGUUCGUCAAGUUUUGACCAGAGCAAGAACACCCACACACACUCGGGCAGAAGGCCGGAGUAUCCCGGCUGACCACACAUUGACCACUAAACAACAUGGGUGACGGGGUGUCCGAGGUGCUGGGGUUCGUCCCCUCGCUAAACAAACUACGAGGGAGCACGAGCGAUGACUGGAUCGACCGUAUCAGCCACAUGUACACGGUACUCAUGCUUGUUGUCUUCGCCAUUGUGGUCAGUUCCGGUCAGUUCUUCGGGGAUCCGAUUCAUUGUUGGUGUCCGGCAGAGUUCACGGACGCCUUCGAGGAAUACACGAAGUAUGUUUGCUGGAUUUCCAAUACUUACUAUAUCCCUAUGACGGACUCGAUCCCGGACGAGGACGAAAUUCGACAGGAAAAGGAACUUACCUAUUAUCAGUGGAUACCUCUCAUUCUCCUCCUCCAGGCAUUCCUUUUCAAGAUUCCCAACAUCGCAUGGCGCAUGCUCAAUACACAAGCCGGCAUAAAUAUAGACAAGGUUGUCCGACUGGCCGAGGAGACCCAGGAUGGCUCACCGGAAGACCGCCUGGAAACCAUAGAGAAUUUGGCAAUGUAUAUGGACAAAUGGCUUGGAACCUAUCAAGAGUACAAGCGAAACAUCAUUGUUAGAGUGCACGCGCAGAUGACAAAGGUUAUGUGUUGUUUGAUGAACAGGCGUGCCGGUACCUUCCUCACAGGUCUCUACAUGAUCAUUAAAAUCAUCUACGUCGUAAACGCCAUCAGCCAGUUUUUCAUCCUGAACGCGUUUAUGGCUACGGAUUACAACAUGUAUGGUAUCCAAUACAUCGAAAGUCUCAUUAAAAACGAACCUGUGCGAGAAAAUCCGAGAUUUCCCAGAGUAACUCUGUGCGACUUCCGGAUACGUCAGUUACAGAAUGUUCAACCGUGGACCGUACAGUGUGUUCUUCCCAUCAAUCUGUUCAACGAGAAAAUCUUCAUAUUUUUGUGGUUUUGGUUUGUGUUAGUAGCAACACUUGCAUGCUUCAGUUUGCUGAAAACUGCCAUUUAUCAUAUCUUUAAACAAAACAAAAUCAGAUACGUGAAGAAAUAUCUCAAAAUCAGCAACGAAAUUCAUAGUAAUUAUGACAAAAAAUUGUGCGCACAAUUCGCAGAAGGAUAUCUGAGAAAUGACGGUAUAUUUGUGUUAUACAUGAUCGCCAAGAACUCGACAGACUUAGUGGUUGUCGACUUGAUGCGCGAGUUGUGGAAAAUUUUCAAAGCAAAACACAGUCCAAACAAUAAUGUCGCUAAUAACCAUGCGGGUAUCGAGGACAACGAGAUGGCGCCCCCUCUCGGCGAGAAGGAACCACUCACUGACGACGCUUAUCAACCACAGUGAUCACGUGACAGGCACUUACAAUAGAUCACGGGGUAUCAUAUCAGGGAAGAAGGAGAGUGAGUUAUCAGUUCUGGUUUUGCUUUCAUUUCCGUAACAGUUCGUCCUCAGACUGGAAUGAUGCCUAUUCCGACGCCAUAGAAUAACUUUCAGGUUCACCUUAAAUGUUAAAACAUUUCGUGUGAAUUAAAACCAGAGAUUCGUUCAUGUAGGCGGGUCGUGAGAUGAAUAGCCAACGAUUUCGGUUCGAUACCACUGGUGAGAAGAGUUCCGAACAGACGAUUCUUGCCACAGAAUGCGCGUAAUGCAUUUUGGCUUGCCCCUUUACCGGUUUGGGAUAUCCCCGUGUUGUAUAAUUAUAUUCAACAGGUGCUAUGACAUUUACAUGUUACUACUGUUCUGGUUGUGAAAUGUGUUGUAAUUAAGUGCGGUGAUGGCGUAUGUGAAAUGACGUAUGACGAAGGAGGCGUUUUAUUGGUGUAUGACAGAUACGCCACAUAGGUUAUGAGGAUAGGAAACGUAUAGUAUCGUUAUAAGUAUUAACAUAUUAAUUUCAACACGUCUCAAUAUUAGCUGCAGAAUGUACAGCCAAAACUCUAUAUACUACGCCAAGACGUCCCAUCGUCCAGGUAUACUUCAGAAACUUCGUGUCGUAAAAAUAGACAGGUCCUCUUCGAGAAGUGUCAUGAACCAAAGGGCGAUAACUAGCGUCCACAGGUCUAAUGAACAUGAGUGUUAUUGAACAGAAAAUUGAUAGACCCGAUAUGCAAUAACUAACUGACCGGAUGUUAUUGUAUGUCGGCUAACGAACCGGAUGUUUAUAAUACGACGACUAAAUAAAAACACGGAUGUUAUUGUACAGGAACUACCUGUAAUGAACCGUUUCGUAAGGCAAAACUCGAGUAUAGCUAAACAUCUCAUAUGUAUAAAAAAAAUAUAACUUAUAUGGAAAAAUGUAGGUAAUAUAAUUAAACAUGUUUAUAUAACCUAAAAUAGAUUAAUUUAAGGCUUGGAAGAGGAGUUGCCGGUUUACUGUCUUGGUGUUUACCAUGCAUACAACUUGUCUAAGAACAUACGGGUUGAACACACCAGAUAUGUGGGGCUUGAGCAAGUCUAGCGGGUCAUAUCAUGUGCAGAAAACGGUGCUAAUUGUUGUUAUUUUCAAAUCAAUGUCUUCCGUUAGUUCAUUAUGUUGUACAUCCUUUUUGGGACAAAAUGUCCAAAGACUGGUUAGCUUAACGAUUUGUUAAUGAUCACCAAUUGGGAUUUCUGAGAAAUAUCUGAAUAUUUACUAUAUAUGUAUUUUGCCUUCAAUUAACAUUCUGAAUUCAUUUACACUUAUAUAUGUAAAUUUAUUUUAUGAAUUUAUAUAUUUUUGUAAAUAUUUAGAAGCUUACCACGGCUUGAAACUAUUGGUUCUAAUGUUAAUGAUAUUAAGUCUUGUUUAUAUAUUAUCUUUUUUAUUUGUGUUUUCUGUUGAUUAUGCGUGUGUGGCCUCUUGAUAAUUGUUGAUGCUUCUGUUAAAAUAGAGUCAUAUUACCUUCUAUGAAUUUGAUUGUUAUUUUAAAUCAGACAGGCAAAUAUUCUACAGUAAUUAUUUGCUAUUUCAUUCUUAAUGCUUAUCCGAAGCUUAUAUCCCUAUCAAUCAAAUCGCCACUGGUUUCAGAAUUACGUUUGUCUAGGAAGAAAAAAAAUAUUGUCCAGUAUGAUAAAUCAAAUUAAGAUAUAUAUGCAUACAUUUGUGAAAGUUAUUCACAAGCAGUAAUGCUCGUGUAUUUGCACAAAACUAACAACACUUAAAAAUCGCUUCCUGUAUUGAUUAUGAGUUUUGACCUUCAAGUGUCAGAUAUUAUUGAUUUAAUAUGAAUAACAGAAGUUGUAAAUAACAGUAAUAGUAGUCCUGACAUUUUUUACGUGAAAUAUGUCUAUUCAUCAAUCCGACGGAUAGAUGAUGAGGGUUGGGUUGUCACUAACAACACCUCUCUCGGAUACGGCCCUUAAUUCGUAUUCUAAGAACUGAAUUCGGUUAUUCGCAAUUAGAAUGUUUCCUCUGUUAUGUUUGACAGCGAUAAAAACAAUCGCCAUUAGGUGCAGAUAAAGCCUUUUUAUUACAGGUCAUUUCUUAUAUGACGUAUUACAGGUCAUUCCUUAUGCGACUUAUUACAGGUCAUUCCUUAUGUGAACUUUUCAAAGUCAUCAAAAUCAGAAGUUUAGCAUUUAAACUUUAAAAUGUGCGUAUCGAUUAGCAAAAGGCCUUUUCUUAUCAGUAUUUCGAUAGUAAAAUCUUCAAAAAGUGAUUGAAACUAGUUUAGUAUUAGGAUAAGUAGUACAAAUGCACGAGGUUCCAAAUGUUCAACAGCAUGUACAUGUCGUUGGGGACAUUACAUAUUGACGCACGUGACAUGACAGGUUUUCAAUAUGUCUCUUUUCCUCAAGUAACACUUGGAAUUUCAUUAGUUUAGGUAGACGCACGAAUAUCCGUGUCAUGUUUUCGCUGUAGUUUUUUCGUUUUUUGUAAUCUUGUAUUUAUUAAUCUGUCUGAAAUCGUCCAAAAUCAGUUGAUUUAACCUUGAUUUAAGCACAGUACAGCCACCGACUUGUGUCGAGGUUGAUGAAUAAUUUGUCAACCCUUUGAGGAAUAUAAUUAAUUAUUUUAAAACCGAGAUUAAUUUAAAUUUCCGGUAUUUGAUCAAUCAUAGCAUCAACAUCGUAGGAAGUCAAUAAGUGUUUAGUUCCAAUCGUAGUGUUCUAUUUACCAAUAAUCUACCAAUAAUGCAAUAUAUCUACAUUUCAACGUUUAAUGAUGAAUCACGUAUUUAACUUUGUAUUACAUUUAUAACAAUCUGAUAUAUUUAUAUUGUAAAUAUAUUUACUUACUUUUGAAACCGAUCU